UUUAUAUCUGUAUAAUUUACUUUUGGGAAGCGCAAUUAAAAAAGGCGCUAGGGUUUAUACUCGCAAGUCUAAACCCUCUCUGCCGUUUCUCCACCAAACGAUGAUUACAGGUGGAAAGAGAUUCGUCUCUUCACCGCCGGCGUUCUCAAACGAUGCCAAGCGACUCCUUGUCUGCACAGGAAACACUGUCUCGGUUUUUAGCACGUCCACUGGCUUACAGAUAAGUGAAUUGGAAGGUCACGAGGCGCAGGUGACGUCGGUGAUAGUUGUUCCGCCUUCUAGUCCGGCGAGUAAACUCAUGUGUUAUUGCUGGACAGCGUCCCUGGAUGGAAAAAUCAAGUACUGGGAUUUUGCGGCUCCUGAGUUGAUGACCACUAUCGACAUUGGGUCGUCCAUACACUCUAUGGUCAUUCCGAGUUUAUUAAGCCAGAGCGCUGAAAGCAAUGGGAAGCAUCCCGAUCUUUUUGCUUAUAUCUAUACUGAGGAUGUCAAACCCAGGGAAGAAAAGACCGAUUGUUUAUGUGGACAGAUUCAGAAAUGUAACCUGACCAAGUCCCGCAUAGUUGGUGGAGUUACUUUGGCCAAGACUCGGAAACCAGGUUCCAUAACCAUUAGCCCUUCUGGAAAAUAUAUUGGAACAUAUGAGAGGCAGAAGCUGCGAAUCUGGGAAAUUCCAGAGAAAGAUUCUGAGCAUGUUGGUUAUAAGAAAAUCAGGUUGCAUCAUACAAAAUCAUUUACAGCUCUGGCUUUUCAUCCGACUGAGAGGGUGGUAGCAGCAGGGGAUGUUACAGGAAGGAUCUUAAUAUGGAGAGGUGUUGGGCACAAAACAUGUCUUAAUGACGGUAAGCUAAUUCGUAGAGGGCUAAACAAGGAUGCAGAAGACCAGCCUGGAGUGAGGGAUGACGAUGAUGCCGACUCUUGCACCACGUGGCAUUGGCAUUCUUCACAAGUAAAUGUUCUCUUCUUCUCUUCAGAUGGUGCCUAUUUGUACUCAGGUGGUAGGGAGGGAGUUUUGGUUGUUUGGCAGUUGGACACUGGAAAGAAAAAAUUUCUUCCACGUAUUGGAUCUCCGCUUCUGUAUUUUGUCAAUUCUCCGGAUCCUUCAUUAUCCUCUAUAUCUCGUGCAGAUAAUCAAAUUCAGCUACUCAGAAUGCCUUCAAUGGAGAUCUUGAGGUCAAUUUCAGGGAUUAAGCCUUCAAGUUCACAUAUGGAAAUAUACGAGGGAUUUGGCUCGGGGGUUGUCUUUAAUCACACUUCUGGGUUGCUUGCAGUACCGACAGAGAAUUACCGUGUUCAGUUUUACAGUUUGUUUGAUGACCGUGAGAUUUCGGAGGUUCAAAUCUGUGAGAGAAACUAUCAGCCGGGUGAUGAAAUCACGGUAAAAGUAAAUUUGGUAGCUGUUUCACCAGAUGGUUCCACCAUGAGCACUGUUGAAACCAGACUUCCUGAAGAAGGUAUCGGCAACCUUGUGAGUCUUAAGUUCUGGGCUUGUAGCUCUCAAAACAAGCACUUCAGCUUGUCUACAGUCAUAUAUGAACCACACGGGGAUGGUGGUAUCUCCUCCAUAGCUUUCCGUCCAACUUCUCACAUGGCUGUCAGUUCCUCAUAUGGUGGUGACUUUAAGGUAUGGGUUCGUAGACAUGAGAUCUCGACUGAGGAUCAGACAGUUGAAAAUACUGGCUGGAGAUGCCAUGCUGUUGGGUCAUACAAGAAGAAGCCUAUGACAGCUUCUGCAUUUUCUGGUGAUGGGUCUGUUUUGGCUGUGGCUGCGGAGAAAGUGAUUACCUUGUGGGAUCCAGACAGGAACAUUCUGCUGUCUGUAAUUGGAGAUAGUCUUGAGCCAAUUACAAGCCUUUCAUUCGUUGGGAAGUCAGAAUAUCUUGUGUCAGCUUCCCGAGGUUCAGAUCCACAGUUGACUAUAUGGAGCAUGUUAAAGCUGUGUACGACUUGGUCCUACAGGCUUGAUGUAGAGGCUGUUGCCUCUUCGUUUGACAAGUCAACCUUCGCUGUUCUUGCUCUGAUCAAGCCAGCUAAACAUAUGGAGUCCACUGAAGCCUCAUUACAUAGUGCCGAAGGGGUGAUCUUGUUGUUCAAUGUGGAAAACCCAGUACCCUUGUCUACGUGGUUCGUGAGCAAGGCACAAGGUGGAGGACUUUCGUUUGUUUGGUCAAGCCCUAAAUCAGAAGAUGAAGUUGCAGAAACAAAAGCAUUCGAUGAAGUACUUGCUUACAUCAAUGGUGCUCACGAGUAUGUUCUCUUGAGCCCACAUGGCGAGCAGGCGAGUAAUCUCAGCUUUUCUCGUCACCGGAAUUUCAGUAGCCUUGAGGAAAAAGAAAGAUCGGGCUAUGCAUCCAUCUAUGGUGAACUACCAGAGUUCAGCUUGAAAAUAGAUCAGACUCCCUUCACAUCAAUGCCAUCAGAGAAAACCUGGAAGACAAUGUUCAGUGGACCAUCUCACAGUCUUCCUCCUCUCCCCAAGUUGUGUUCAGACUUUCUGGAAUCAUUGCUGGAGAGGAGAUCUGCCCUUGUGGAGUGAUCUGUUUAAAGUAUGACUACGUUUGUCUUUUAUGUAAUACAGCUGAUAUAGCGUGAGAUACACAGUGCAAGAGAUCAUCCCUUUACUGCAUAAUGAGAAGAGGCGGCACUGAGAAUGUGUUGGUGGUGAAGAUGGAAAGCUGAUACAGCUCGGUCUGCGAAAGUGUGCUGAUAAUAUAGCAGCUACUGGGGGAGGCGCCAUUUCCAUUGACCUCUGUUGACAAACACUACAGCGGAAUCUGAUGUAUAACAAGACUUAAUUAGAGAUGAUUUAGGCAUAGAAAUUUUUGUAUGGUAUUUAUACGAUGAUAGAGCAUGCGAUUCCCGUAUGAUGAUUUGACCC